AUGGGGGUGUGUGUUCCUCAGCUAUGCGGAAGGCUGCUCCUGCUCGGGGCAGCCACCCUGGCUGUGUCUGCCCUGGAGACCGCCGACUUGGUGCACCUGUGCGGGCAGACGUGGCAGGGACCCGGCAUGCUGCUGCGCUCACACUCCACGUCACGCAAGUUCUACUUCGUGGCUCCGGACACCGACUGUAAGCUCUGGAUACAGGCAGCAGACCCUGGUGACAGGAUCCACCUCCAGUUCCGCUUCUUCCUGGUCUACAGUCUGAUGUCUGCGUCCCCGACGCUCCCAGCUCCCAAUGCCUCCACCCCAGAGCCCUCAGACCCUUGCGUCCCUGGCUCCUACUUGCAGCUCUACGAGGGCCCACCUGAGGCGGCCCAACCCCUGGGGACCCCUCUCUGUGGCUUGACCAUUCCCGUCCCUGUCAUCUCGUCUGGACACUUCCUUGGCCUGCGCCUGGUCACCAGAGGCCGCCAGCCCCGAGUGGACUUCGUGGGUGAAGUCACCUCUUUCCGGUUGGGACCCUGUGGGGCCUACUUCCGCUGUCACAAUGGCAAGUGCAUCCCCCCGAGCCUGGUGUGUGAUCGCUGGAGCAUAGACAACUGUGGCGACGGCAGUGACCAGGCCUCCUGGGCACCGGCCAAUUGCAGAGCUCCCUCCCCAGUGCCCAGCCACACAGGAAGCUCUGCCAUGGACAGCUCCAAGUCCCCGCCUCUCAGGUCUGCAGGAACCCUCCAGAUUACAUCUCAGGGGAGUCCCCCAGAGGCCUGGGGCCGUGCACCCCAGGACACAGCUUUGCAAGAUGAGUAG